UUUUGCUCUUGUUGUUGUUGUCCAAAUCCAAAAUCUCCAGUGUCCGGCCAGACUCAUCCUAGCUCCAUCGCCAAAUCCCUAGAAAAAAGAGAAAUGGCGUCUAUGUGUAUCUCUCUCCAUCAAACCCUAAAUCCCAGAGGCAGCAGACCACUACUCCACAGCUUCUCCUCCCCUAGAUCGAGCACCGUCUCCAUCCCCCGCCUCUCAAGGAAGAGAGCCGUGACGACACGCGCCUUAUACAACCCAACGCCGGCGACGGAGCGCGUGAUAGCAAUCGCGUCGUACGCGCUGCCGUUCUUCAACUCGCUGCAGUACGGGAGAUUCUUGUUCGCGCAGUACCCUAGGCUCGGACUGCUGAUGGAGCCAGUGUUCCCAAUCCUGAACCUGUACAGAUCCGUGCCGUACGCGAGCUUCGUGGCCUUCUUCGGGCUGUACCUGGGGGUGGUGAGGAACACGAGUCUCAGUAGGUACGUGAGGUUCAACGCUAUGCAGGCCGUGACGCUGGAUGUGCUGCUGGCUGUUCCGGUGCUCCUGACCCGGAUUCUUGAUCCGGGUCAAGGAGGCGGGUUUGGAAUGAAGGCUAUGAUGUGGGGGCACACGGGUGUGUUCGUGUUCAGCUCUAUGUGUUUUGUCUAUGGAGUCCUGUCAUGCCUAGUCGGUAAAACACCUUACAUUCCCUUUGUCGCUGAUGCCGCCGGUAGACAACUCUGAAAUUAUUGCUCAGCUUCUCUAAUAUAUGUUUGUUAGUUAAACUACUUAUGAUGAUGGUGUAAGUUGUUUUUUUUGGGCUAUAUAAAAUGUAAUAAUUUUGAUAGCUUAGGUUCAGAAGCAAGCAAGACCUGUGAGAGUAAUUUGGAACACAUGUAUGAUGAGACUGAAUCAUAAUUUCUUCAGAUCGACUAAGAGAUAUGAAAACUCUCAAGAUUAUUAAA